CCUUAGAAGCGCCGAAGACUAUCGAGAAGCUUUGCAGAGCGUCCACAGAGCGGACUUCGGAUUGAACGGAGAAGGACAUUUGUGGGCCGUCCAGACUGUAGACCUGAAACAGAUCGAUACCUAGAAUGGCCACUGCAAGCACUUCUGGACAAAGCCCCUUUGGGCUGGGCAGGAAGAAGAGGGCCCCUGGUCUCCUGGAUCAAAUUGGCAGGUUCUUUGGAGGGGACAAAAAGAGGAAGGGAAAGGGCUCAUUUCGUGGUCACCUCUCCUCCUCUCCACAGAGACCCCAUCACUCUUCAACCCGUCGCCGUGGAGAUGUCAAUCCCGUGGUGCACUUCUUCAGGAGCUUUGUUUCCUCUCCUCGCCCCAAGUCCAGGUGGAGAGAACUAUUGGGCCUGAGCGACUCUCUGCUUCUUGAUGACUUUGACACAGCACGGCUUUUUCUGAAUCGCAGCCGGCUUCUUCAUCACCGCGUGCCUCGGAGAGCAUUAGAUCCCCACGCAGGCGCAGAAGAGAACAGAAUACACUCUCCCGAAUCUUCAACCUGGGAGAAAGCAGAUCUCGCUCUCCACCCAAACGCUGGAGCACCAUCUUCUGAGCCCAUCGUCAACCAGAACAACACCAAGAUGGAAGAAAGUAAGACGGAUGAAGAGAAAAAAACAGAGAGGGAGGACCUCUGCCCUACAGAUUCACAAUUUGCGGCGAGUUUAACAGACUAACAUUGGCCAUCUUCGCUUUUUAGAUAAAGAUACAAUCUAAGUAUCUGUUGUUACAUGCCUGCAGGGUUUCAUAAGCACGUGUUGACUGUAUGUGUGUAAAAUUGCAAAUAAUUGUCAAGGGUCAGGUGAUGCAAUAGUUGAAAGUCUAAAUUUAGUUCAGGAAUAAAAGGGAUCAUAAACCCUAAGCAAUCCACAAUAACCAGAAGGUUUGAUCAAUUUUAGUCUUAUUCAACAAAACUAGAAUAGCACAUUUUUCAUUCACCUUUCAUUUGAACCUUUCAAUAAAACUGAUGAAUAAGUAGAUAAUGGCCUUCAAACCAUGUUUUGCGAACCUUCCUCAGAUGUAAGAAUCUGUCUCUCUUACACAACAGGUUGCUUGUGUGCUAUUCAGCAUUUGAUGCAUGCCAUUAGUCCCUUUGUGGAUGUUUAUGUUUAUUGUGGUCUUUGUGAUGUUAGCCAUUAUUUUCUUUCUAUCAUGAACUUUGUAUAUAUGAUUCUUUGUGUUUUAAAAAGUAUGAUCGGUUAACACUCAGUAUAUCUACAGAUUACUAUGUUUGAUUUAUUUUUAAAGUUAUUUAGCUUUGAUUUAAAAAAACAACAACAACUUAUAAUUAAAGACUAAAAAUACAAUAAUGUGGACUAGAUUCUAAGCAUAAGCAGCUUAGAUUGUAUUGCCCUCAGGUGUUGCACUGUGUUUAAACAGCUCAUAAAUGUUGUCUGCGUCUGUACGUGUGCAAUUCUGAUGUUAUUUUAGAAAGGUAAUAAGGGAUAGGAUUAAUAUUCAAAUAACCUGCAGAUAUCUCGGACAAAGGUACCAAAUGGUACAAAACCGAUGAAAGGGGAAGGUAAACCGAAAGUGAAAGAGGGAACUUGUGAGAAAUGAGAACUGAAGUGUAAUUUUGAAAGAGCGUGGUGGAGUUUAUUUUUACGGUAUGUGAUUAUGUGAUGUGUCUUUAAUAAUGUUCAUUGUUUCGUGUCUCAUAGACCAUUCCUGUAUGUACUGUUCAUGAAAUAGUGCUGAAUAAACAUUAGGUCAAAUAUU